AUGGGAGAGGAGGAACGCGCAGUAGAACAGACCCCACCGGACGCGAUGUUGGAUAGCAUCGAGGCCUUGCUUGAGGCUGCUAGAUUUGAUGAUAUUGAUGAUGUCAUAAGCAUAGCAUCUGCUGGUGUGUCUCUAGAUUCUAAGGAUUCACAAGGACGCACAGCAUUGCAUAUGGCCGCAGCCAAUGGACAUCUUGACAUUAUAAACUAUCUUCUCCUCAAUGGAGCGGAUGUUAAUGCUUCUAAUGUGGAGAACAAUACGCCUCUUCAUUGGGCUUGUCUCAAUGGCCACGUCGAGGCUGUCAAACAUCUGAUUCUCGCCGGAGCCAAUGUCUCGGCGUUAAACAGCCAUGAAAGAACUCCUAUGGACGAGGCAGUGAGUAGAGAAAAGAUGGAUAUAAUCGAUGCUGUAAGUGAGGCAGUGGCUCAGGGCUUUGGAGUCAGAAAGAAAAAUUCAUCACUAGCAGAUGAUAAUACUCUAAUUUGGAGGCUUGCAGAUGGUAGAGAAUCCUUCCUAUCCCCAACAAGAAUGACUGCCACUCCAGGAAACUGA